AUGGCGUAUCAAAGUCUGGAAGACAUCAUGUCCACAUGUGGCGUGGACCCAACAAUAGCAUCACAGCUGGUGCAAGAUGGAUGGACAACUCAGUCCUUUGCGUGUGCAGCCUUAGACCUUGAGUCUUUUGACAGGCUUUGGCAGGAUCUUUUUGCUGAUACGGAACUCAGUUUGCUUCAAAAGGCAUCAGUGCGUGCAGCGUUCAAAAUGUGUCAAUCAGCUUUGCAGUCAGUGGCGGCUCCGUCAGCCCCAUCAUCUGCGUCCGCAUCAGGUGACCCCAUGACCAGCCAAAAUUCAUGGGCCGAAAGUUUCCCUCCAAAGUUGGAUUCAUCAGUGAUUGACCAGUUGAAAGUGAUUGACCAGUUGAAAGCCAAAUUUUUGGCUAGUUACCCGUCAGAGUUGGUAAACCAUGACACCAUGCCAAGCACGAGACUCCUCAGCCUUGUUCACCACCAGCUUCUGAAGAAGCAAUGGGCCUGGAUUCCUUGGAAAUACAGGCUAACGAUGGCUAAAGCUGAUGAGAUUUCCUCCCAGCGGCAAACCAAGAUGCCCAAAUUGGAAGUGGCUUCAUUGCAUAACCUGUUGGUUGAUGAACCUCCCUCAAUAGAUAUUUCCAAUUCAGGUUUUGGGGUCAAUGCGGUACGAAAUUUGCUGGCAGUCCAUGACAUGGCAGUUGCAAUGUGUGGAGGUGCACACCUGGCAAAUCUAAAGGCUUACUCGGCCAAAUUUCUGGGCUUCUUGACGCAGAAGGUGGAUCCGGAAACCAUGUUGAGGUUUGUUGCAGCUCCGUCCACGUCCAGCCAAAGCCCAGUCCUCAUCUCAACCUUGGACUGUUCCUGCAUCGAAUAA